AUGAAGUCCUGGAUUCUCCAAUUUUUCAUUAUUCCUAUUCUUUCAAGUUCAGUUUCCUGGGUCAAAAUCACGGUAGCUUUGAUUUUUAUAGACUUCAGAAGUUUUGAAAUCUGAUUUCAAAUUCAGAAGCCAACGCUAAUAUGGGAAGAGAUGAAAGAAUCUGCGUCUGGGGAACGAAUAUUUUAUUGUGGGGAAUUCGAUGCAAAAUAUACGGUAGGUCGAUCAUAUUUUGAACUUAACUUAAAGGAGGCGAGACAGUUAUUGAGUUUUACUGAAACCACCCACGAAGCUUCUGAUUUAAAUAGGUCAAAUCGAAAAAUGAAAGUGAAAUAUUGAAGUUCAAAUCGUACUGUACGCGAAGUGGGCAAUUUAAAACAGAAUUAACGUAACUCGUAUUAACUUUCAUGUUUUCAGAAGUCGUUUACUAUUUUUUCACAAGAAGCUUCGAGGGAAACCGAGUCUAUGUGUCUUUAAAUAAUUCUGAAUUUCAAUUUAAAAAAUUUUCAGGGGAGAUAUCAUUGGAGAUUCAAUGGAUCCUCGAUUCUUCCGGAAAGAACACAGAUUCACAAAAAUCAGUUCACGUAAGUUCUGAAAACUGUAGAUCACACCCCUAAAUCAAAAACUUCUCACAAUUUUUUUUCCUAUCCAGGCUCCAAUCAAUUAGCUUUUUUUCCUCUUUUUCUUUCCCGAUGUCUAUCCUUUUAAUAUAUCCACCUGACCGCUCAAGAACACAUGUUUUUUUGUUCUUCAGUCAGGUUGGUCCAAAAACAUUGAUUGAUUAUAAUUGCCACAAAUUAAUGGGUGGUCUGUUGGCAUUCGGCCAAGGACAAAUCUCUUCAGAAAAAUGACUGAUGGAUUUGAAUUUGUUAUUUUUCAGAUUUUUAUCCGGCUCCAAUGCGAUUCGAAAUCGAUUGGCUGGAGAGUAUGAAUGUUGUAUUCGCGAAACUUUGGGAAAUGCCUGCUAUUCUCGAAAUCUCAUUGUUCAAAGUAAGUGGAAACGGGGGAAAUUCUAAAUCCAGGUUUAUAUGAGCUAUGACGUGGCAAAAUUUGAAAACUCCAAAUUUUACCGAAUAAAAAUUAUUUUCAAAAUUUCUUGUCAUCUCAAAAAUAGGCUGAAAAACAAACAACCUCGAAAACUUUUUUUUUGGUUUUUCGAGAUCUCAAAGCUUUGCCAUGUGGUACAUUUUUUCAGAUAAAACCUCGAUAAUCAAUGCGAAUCUAAUUGGUUUGGACGAUUUGAAAGUGGAAGAAGGUAGCACUUAUUAUUUGAAGUGAGUUUUUAUUUUUAACCUAAAUUUGUUGAUCCUUGAAAGGAAACCGAUAUGGCCUAGAAAACCAAAAUUACUGUACUAAUUUUCUCUUCCACGGCUCUAUUUUUCCAGACUUUUGGAUGUGAAACGAAUUGAAAAUGUUAAGUGUACACAAGAUGGCGAAAAUAUGGAUAAUUUCAAGUAUCCGGUAAGUUUUCUUUAAAUUUUUUAAAUUUGCUUCAUUUUAAAUUUGCAGCUCCUUGGAAAGAAUUCGAAAAAAUCAAUAGGAUAUCAUUUGAAAAUCGAAAAUAUCGAAAAAACGGGUCUCGUGAAUUGUGAAAUUCGAGUUCAAAACAAGCAAAUUGUUGAAAAAUCAUUUCUUAUUCGAUUUUUUGAUGAUGUUCCAAGUUUUGUGUCGAUUCAGGGCAAUUUGUUAGUUUUUGUGAUUGUUUUUGUAUUUAUUUUGAAUUUCUAAAAAAAAAAUAAAUAUUUUUGAAAAAACGUGACCUUCUGUCUUCUGAGAUCUCUUUUUAAAAAUUAGAUUAUUUCUAGUUUUUAUUCAAAUUUAAAAAUCGAAGCUUUUCAAAAAUGGAAGAAGAUCAUAAAGUUCGCGGUGGAAAAUUGGCAACAAAUUUCAUGGAAAAAGGUGCAAUUAUUGGCUCGAAAAGAGCAUUUCGAAUUGAAAAAAUGGUUGGAGGCGGAGGAUUCGGGCAAAUCUAUCGAGCAAUUGAUUUGGAAUCGAGAAUUGUGGUGGCGGUGAAAGUCGAACCAAAAUCAACUGAAUCCGGGAGAAUAGUAUUGGAGCUUAAUAUUUUGCUACUUCUCCAACAUUGUGUGAAUAUUCCAAAAAUUGUGAGUUCGGGGGAUUUAGGAGUGAUUAAAUUAAGUUAAUCAAUCAGUAAAUUUUUUGCAGUUCUACAGUGGCGAAGUCAACCGAAUGAAUUACAUCGUGAUGCAACUUUUGGGCAAAAAUUUAGGUGAUUUGCGAAAAUAUCAAAGACAUCGUACCUUAUCAAAUAUUACUGUAAGUGUUUUAGCGAAAAAAAACCCAUGCUGUCAUUGCGUAGUCUCGUUAGCAAAACGUGAAAAAAAUGUUGAAUGUUUGAAAAAAGCCGCAUGAAAUACACGUGUCGUCAUUGCGUAGUCUCGUUGACAAUACGUUUUUUUAGACAGCUCGAGUUGGAAUUCAAUGCUUACAAUGUCUAAAAGAAGUUCAUAACCUCGGUUAUAUCCAUCGAGAUAUAAAACCAUCAAACAUCUGUGCUGGAAUCGGAGAACAUAAAAGAAUAUUAUACAUCGUUGAUUUUGGAAUGGCAAGAAAAAUCAGAAAUGAUGAUGGAACAUUUCGUCCAGAGCGAACUUAUGCAUCCUUUCGCGGAACUACACGAUAUGUCUCAAUAACUGCGCAUGAAAGAAAAGAACAGGGUUUCGUUGAUGAUAUUUGGUCAUUAUUCUUCUCAUUGUGUGAAUUAUCCGAAGGUCUUUCUUGGAAAAAUCUGACCGAUCAAGAUGAAAUAUAUCUUGCCAAGAAAAUCAUGUUGAACAGAUUUCAAUCAAGGUUUGUUGUUUCUACUGUUGGAGAAACCUAUUUUAAUUUUGCCUUUUUUUCAGAAAACUUUCACGAUCUUUCGAAGCUUUUCCAAUUUUGCUUGAAAAAACUGAACGAACUGAAAUGCCAGAUUAUCCAAAACUCAUCGAAAUUCUCAAAACAAGUUGUCCAAACUUCGAAGAAUGUUCUGAAUUUGAAUGGGAUGCCGAGUCAGAGUUUUCUUAUUGA